AUGUUUAGUUUUGGAGUGGCAAAAGACAGUAUAAUUGAUGAUAUAACUAAGAAUUCUAGUGAUAAAUUUAAAUCUUGUGUUGAAAUGCAUGAUAUGUUAUAUUUCAUUGAAACUUCUCUUCCAAAACAUAAUAAGUGCAGAAUUAAAGACAUAAAUAAUGAAGUAAACAUAUAUGAAUUAUCUCUAAUCAAGCCAAAACCAUACACAUCACAAAAUAUAGGGAAACUUUCACUUCCAAAUAAAUUUAUUGCAUUAAAAAAAAAACCUUUGUCAAAAUUAGAAUCUUUAUCCAAUGCACUUGAGAUUGAAGAGGAAUUUAAAUCAUCACCUUCAAAGCAAAUAAUUAAAUGGAAGCUAACGGAACAAGAACUUUUCCGAGUAGUUAUUCCCACCCCUGAACUUCUUUCAAUUAAGACAAAGACCACAACAAAGGCAGCAACAAGGAAAGUUCCUAAUCAACCAGUUCUGAUCUGGAAUGACUUUCUUGCUAAUGCCUUUAAUGCAUCAACAACUCUUGACACAAGCAACUGUAUAUUUAGCAAGCCUGACAUCGAUGGUGCUUUAUAUGUUGAAGAUUCUGCUGUUGAUAUGUUUUUGAAUACGAUGGCUGCUAUUAACAAUAAAAGAUUAAUUCUUUUACACAGACCAGAAAGUUGGGGUAAGCAUUAUAUGUUUCAAGGAGUUAAAGGUCAACCAGAUGCAAUACGCUGUAGUGCUGAUAAUAAAACCCUCUUGAAAAAUUUAAAAGCCUCUCAGAUACUUUCAAUAGUAGAAGUUAAACCUGAACAGUUAAUGAGAAGUUUGAUAAAAGAUGGAGCUGAAUUGUCUGAGGCAUAUAACACAGCAUUGACAGUGGAUGAUGAUGGAACAACAGAAUAUAAUAGGCAUCAAAAAAUUAUUAGAAUCAUUAGACAAAUAUUUGGAUAUAUGGUUGUUAAUGACCUACAAUAUGGCUUGCUUACAACAUACAUUCGAACAUGGUUUUUUUACUGUCAAUCUCGAAAUCCGGACAUAAUUUACAUUUCUCCUGCAGUUUAUAUCAAUCAGGGCCACACAGAUAAUUAUGCCUCGUUCUCUGAAUGU